AUGCUGAGCGGCUUCUUAGGAUGGAUUUUCCUCCUAUUCGAGCCCCUCGCCGACUAUACCAUUCCUCCCAUCCAACCCCAAGAGCGCCUCCUACCCAAAAACCAACCAUGGGGACAGAUCAUUACCGGCGUAUAUGGCCGUCCCCCCUUGUUAAAGAUUCAUGACCGGGAAGGGCAAGUCAGCUGGAGUUUCCACCGUAAGGACGUUAAGCAGGACCUCCCACCCGACAUGCGUAAAUGCCUAUACGCCCGAGCCAACGAUGCCACCGAGGUCAAAUGGAUGAACAACGGCACCAGUGUCGGAGCCGUCUAUAGCGACCUCGCCCUCGUCAUCAACCACACGCCCGACAACCCAGCCACCGACAAACUGAUCACGUUUGCACUCUGUAGAAGAAACGACUUCCUGUGGAAUGCGCACACCCUCGAACCACUCCCCGGCCACCGUCUCGCCGUGGGGACCACACGCCAACGACCCUGGGAUGGGAUCCUCGUGUAUAACGCCAGUGCCUCCCAGCCCUUGAUGGCCAACCCGCCCAUUCUGCAGAAUAUCACCGGUCUCCGCGCCAUCCACGGGCUGAUCUGGGACGAGCAGGGCCAGAUGCUCUGGGCAGCGGGAACAGACGCCGCAGCCGAUGGCUCUGAUCCCGUUCCCGCAUACGGGACUAUCAUCGGAUACCCGUGGAACAACGACACGGGCUUGCUGGAGAAAGACGAUCGCUACAUCUAUAAGCUCGACGAGGCAAAUCGCAUCGAAGCCGAAUGGGGCAAGGGAUACUCCUGGUGGGCCGGGUUACAUGACCUGGUUCCCGUGCCUGGGGAGCGCAAGUUCCUGGUCUCUGAAGAUCGGGGGCUGCACGAGUUCGAUAUCGAGAAGGGUCAGUACACGGCGCACUAUGAGGAAGUCACCGAUAAAUAUAUGCCUGGCUUUGAGGUCACCACUGAUGAUCGGCAUGGGUACACGAAUGAUACGUGGGAGGAAUUGCCGCAGUCGGAUCUGAAGAGCUUCAAUCUGGCGCCUGAUGGAAGCUAUAUUUAUGUUCAGUCUCUGUGGACGAAGUUCCGGGGCUUCCAUGUCAGCUUGGUGGUGGAUGGUGUGCGACGCAAGAUCAACAUCGGUGAUGAGAUUUACCGUUCGCGGUGGUUCGGAAAUAUGGACGGCUGGCCGAAACCCUAG